UUUAGUCCUCUUUAGGGUCUCUCGUGACUGGUUCUUGUUGCAUCUUAUUAACAAGGAUCUCACAAGUCUCAUUUUGGACAUUCUACUUUGGGGAUUCCUCAACCAACUGCACAUCAAAAUCUUAGUCUGAACUUAGUCUGUAUUGCUCUAGGACACCUACUUUGCAUUGGCACAACUCCCCAACUUUAGCAUGUGGUUUAUAGGAUGCUCAGUGCAAACUGGAUACAAAUCUUACUGAGGAUCCCCAUAUCCACCUCUUAGUAUAUAUAUAUUGGUUUUAGUGUGUGUAAGUGGUUGAAUCAAGUAGGUCUGCUGGUGUAUGUGCAGACAGAAGAGACUAAGGUGGUCUCAGGUGGGAGGUGGGGGGGGAUCCAGACAGGUCAGGUGAUUUUGGGGUGGUCGGCUGGGCUGUAACAGGGCCAUGGUGGAGGACGGCACGCUGGAUUUUGCUGAAAUGGACGGGCACGGAUAUGACCGCUAUGUAGAGGGGGACAGAGACAGCUAUCAGAUUGACUACCGGUGUAUCGUGGGGGACAUGGAGCCCACCAGGCCACGGGGGUCAGUACAAGACUCGGACCACCACUUUCAGGGGCCGUUUACCCACAAUACGUUGCAUGGGCACGGGCACGAGACAGCAGCCCAGCGCUACAGUGCCACCCGCAUACAGGCGGGGUAUGAACCAGAGAGCAUGGCUGAUUACCUGAUCAGCGGGGGAACUGGUUAUGUUCCAGAGGAUGGACUCACCGCCCAACAGCUCUUUGCCAUUGGAGAUGGUCUUACAUACAAUGAUUUCCUGAUACUGCCUGGCUUCAUUGACUUCACAUCUGAUGAGGUGGAUUUGACCUCUGCACUGACCCGGAAGAUAACCCUAAAGACACCGCUCAUUUCAUCUCCCAUGGAUACGGUCACCGAAUCGUCCAUGGCUAUCGCUAUGGCUCUCAUGGGCGGAAUUGGACUCAUUCAUCAUAACUGCACACCCGAGUUCCAGGCCAACGAAGUUCGGAAAGUCAAGAAAUUCGAGCAGGGCUUCAUCACAGAUCCUGUAGUGAUGAGUCCGCGGCACACGGUCGGCGAUGUGUUUGAAGCGAAGGUACGGCACGGUUUCUCCGGCAUCCCCAUUACCGAAACUGGCAAGAUGGGCAGCAAGCUGGUGGGCAUCGUUACGUCACGAGACAUCGACUUCCUUUCAGAGAAAGAUUACGAUCGGCCACUGGAGGAGGCAAUGACAAAAAGAGAAGAUUUAGUGGUGGCCCCAGCAGGUGUUACGUUAAAGGAAGCAAAUGACAUUCUGCAGCGCGGUAAAAAAGGUAAACUGCCUAUCGUGAAUGACAGUGACGAGCUUGUUGCUAUAAUAGCUCGUACUGAUUUGAAGAAGAACCGAGACUAUCCUCUAGCCUCCAAAGACUCUCGCAAACAACUGCUGUGUGGUGCUGCGAUCGGUACCCAAGAGGACGAUAAGUACCGGCUAAAUCUGCUCAUGCAGGCAGGAGUGGACGUGAUUGUUCUGGACUCUUCUCAGGGGAACUCUGUGUUUCAUAUCAGUAUGAUCAACUACAUCAAACAGAAAUACCCAGAACUACAAGUGGUGGGAGGAAACGUGGUGACUGCUGCUCAGGCAAAGAAUCUUAUAGAUGCAGGUGUUGAUGCUAUAAGAGUGGGCAUGGGCUGUGGAUCCACCUGCAUCACACAGGAAGUGAUGGCGUGUGGAAGACCGCAGGGCACCUCUGUGUAUAAGGUGGCUGAAUACGCCCGGCGUUUUGGGGUGCCAGUAAUUGCAGAUGGUGGAAUCCAAACAGUUGGGCACGUGGUUAAAGCCCUUGCGCUGGGAGCAUCCACAGUGAUGAUGGGAUCAUUGCUUGCAGCAACCACUGAAGCACCAGGUGAGUACUUUUUCUCGGAUGGUGUUCGACUAAAGAAAUAUCGUGGCAUGGGCUCUUUGGAUGCUAUGGAGAAAAACAAAAGCAGCCAGAAACGUUACUUUAGCGAAAGUGAUAAGGUCAAGGUAGCUCAGGGAGUCUCUGGCUCAGUUCACGAUAAAGGCUCGAUACACAAGUUUGCCCCAUACCUCAUCGCUGGAGUUCAACAUGGCUGCCAGGAUAUUGGUGCAAAAAGCCUGUCCAUUCUGCGAUCGAUGAUGUACUCUGGAGAGCUGAAGUUUGAGAAGAGGACCAUGUCUUCUCAGGUUGAGGGUGGAGUUCAUGGACUGCAUUCAUUUUCUUUUUUGCCAUGUAUGAGAAGCGGUUAUACUGAGCCCGGCAGCAGGGGGCAGAUGAGAACCGGACCCAAUGUCCCAUCACCAGCUGUCAUGAAACACAAUGGCUAAAAGUGAUCUAUCCUCGCCACUUAUCUCUGUUUGUGCUGGCUGUUGAAUCUAAAUAAAAGCUGAUCUCAACGAUGUCUGAUUUGUAGUAACCGAGCUGAAUGUACUACUGACAACGGACUGUUUCGAUUCUCAUCGAUUCUUUUUUUCAGUUAUAUGUUUGGGCUUCCUUCUGAGAAAUUAAAUGUUGCAGUAGAGAGAUUAUAUUCAUACACGUUGAAUUUUAGCUAUUCAUUUUAUCUCUAUUCAAAAAUCCUUUAUGAAUGUACUACAGCAUCAUAAUAUGGUAACAUGCUGUGUGUGUAUUUGUGCCUAGGCCACGGCAACACUAAUCCGUUUUCGAUUGAAAACUCUGUUUUAAGUUUCCCAAUGAUUAUGCGGCAAUGUAUAAUGUUUUCGAAAGUCUCCAUUUUCGGUGGAGGAAAGCACCGUUCUAGUGUGAUUGAGAGGCGUAAACGUAGCAAAGUCGAACGCAAACAUAUUAGUGUGGAUGUGGCCUAAGUGUGUAUGUCUUAGAACAUGUCUUAGAUGAUUUUUUUUAUUUUACUGAAAAACAGAAGGUUCAUUAUAAAUGUUCAAUAAGAUGUACAAAAUUACACAGAUCCAACUAUGUAUGAAUACAAUCGUUGAGUCUUAAAGACAAGAAGUACAGGUGAAGGGUAAAUAAAAAAAAAACUAUUAAAAUAAAGUAAUUAAUAAAAAUAAAAAAAAACCUUGGAUAAAUAGAUGUAUACAAAAAUAAGAAGAUAAAUGAGUAAAUAAAAAAUAAUUAUAUUUUUUAUAAGUCAUAGGUCAGGAAAGUUCUCAGCAUAAAAGAAAUAUUAUUAAUAACUCAAAAAGCAUUUAUUGCUAAAACUUUGAAGGAUGUGGUAAGGGACAAUCAGAAUACUGCGGAUAGUGCACAACCCCCCCCCCCCCAAAAAAACCUGGAUAAUAACAAUUACAAUUUAGUUUUCAUUCUCUAUGAAACAGAUUAUGAAACAAAGUAGGCCUAUCAGUUUUACAGACUGUUUCUUCUUUUGUUCCCAUAGUUUUAGUUUCUGCCACACGAUUAGUACCUUGUGUAAUUAUAUAAAAUAUAUUUAUAUAUCCUAUAUAAAGACAGAUGCAUAAUGAGUAAUGUAAUUCAGAGGAUUUCAUGAUCAUAUACUGUAGCUGAAGAAGUCAGCUGAUUUGUGAACUAAGUACAGAAGGAAAUGAAGGACACUUUUCUAUAGCUGCGUUAAAGUAGUUCACCCAAAAACUACAAUUCUCUCAUCAUGCCAUCCCAGAUGCGUAUGACUUUCUUUCUUCUGCAAAACACAAAUGAAGAUUUUUAGAAGGAUAUUUCAGCUCUGUUGGUCCAUAUAAUGCAAGUGAAUGGUGACCAAAACUUUAAAGCUCCAAAAAGCACAUAAAGGCAGAAUAAAAGUAAUCCAUGUCUUCUGAAGCAAUCCAAUUGGACUGUGCAUGUGUCAAGCACUAGGAAGUGUAAUCUAGCUUGAAAUCAUGAUUGUGCCUUGAGACGGCAAUGGCACGAUGUGCAGUGAAAAUGAGUUACAUUUUGGUCUGUUCUCACCCAAAACUGAUUGGCUUGCUUCAGAAGAUGGAUUAAACGGUGUAUGGAAAAAUUGUAUGAAUUACUUCUAUGCUGCCUUUAUGUGCUUUUUGGAACUUCAAAGUUUUGGUCACCAUUCACUUGCAUUGCAUGGACCAGCAGAAGAAAGAACAUCAUGCACAUCUGGAAUGGCAUGAGGGUGAGUAAAUGAUGAGAGAAUUAUCAUUUUUGGGUCAACUAACCCUUUAAGCAGACACAAAUAAGAUUGUAAAGCCAACCGUGACAUGCUGUAAUCUCCAGACAGUGUUGUGAAAGCUGUUUGUAGCUGCUCUGUCUGUCUGUCCUUGUGAUGAGCUCCUGCUGUACAGGAAGCAAAAACUGUCAACUGUUAAAGAUCUGCAAUAAUAAAGAUGGUAAUGGCAUAAGCUGUCAUGACUUUUCAUGCUCUUGCAUCUCUACUAUCAGUGGAGUGCAGUAUUUGUGCAUCUGAAUGGCUAGUACGUGUGGGUCUAUAUGUUGUCGAGUGGUGGGGAAAAAAACAACUAAAUGCAUAUAAUAAAAUGCAUCUAACUAAAUAAUCAUGCUUAAUACACGGGUCUCUGGAAUGCUUGAUUCUGGUUGGUGAAUGGCACCAUCCAGCAGGCAUCCAGGGAAAAAGUGACAGCGUCCACAACACUGAUUAUAAAAUUUCAACUCAAAUCAUUAUUUCAUGUCCAGUUACUGUAUUUACUUAUUUAGCAAGUAGUGUUGUAAUAAGCGGGAUAAUGUCAGAUGGUCAUUUUUGCUAAAUAAACACCAAGAGAACUCAGAUGCUAACCGGAGUUGGAAUUCAGCUGUUUCUAGAGAUUUAGCGGUCUCUUUCUUCUCGCAUAAUAAUAUGAUUUCAACGCAAAUAAGUAUUUCAUGUCAGGUUAUUUAUUUAUUAGUUGGUAUAAAACCCCUCCGCUUUGCGUUUCGGUCAUGACCACCUUAGACCAUUUCAAGCAUGUAAACAAUAACAAGGAAUUUGAACGCAGGUUUUCCUGCAGCACUUCUGGUAUCGUUAACGGAUCCUUUAAAUAGGGCUCUGAGUUAACGUAUUUUCCUCAAAUAAUGUCAAACGUUUACCUGAAGUGACUGUUCCAGACAUUUUGUUGAUACUGAGCGUCUACGCGAGAGAGGCAGUUAAAAUGUGUUGUUGUUUAGAUGCUCACAAUCGGGUGGACUGGCCAUAGGGGGAACCGGGACUUUUCCCUGUGGGACGGACGCGAAACGGGGCCGAACUUGGCCGAUCGGGCGGCGAUAAGCUGUAAUGGUCCGCCGCG